AUGUCAGAUUUCGAUCAGCUCUUACGUUCACAAUCAUUUCGAAAUAGGUCACGUGUAUCCACAAGUGUGAAACGUUACCCAUUAGAAGAUAGUAUUCAACAAGUCAAGGAGAGGCGACGUUCUACGCCAAUAAUUACUCGACGAUACAGUCAAAGUCAAAGGCAUCGGCCAUCGAAUAUCACACGAGUAGAUGUUUGGCCGCAACCUAAAACGAGUAUCUUUGAAGAACACUUUCGGAAUUUGUUAGAUUCUGAAGACUACACGAGAGUUCGGCAAUUUAAUAUCGAUGAAAAGGGCACGGUAGUUUGCCGGGGAGAUUCCUUCCGUCUAAAAAGCCCGGCUAGUGCCAAGAAAGAUUCAAAUCAAUCGCACGACUCGAAUUAUUCAAAUGAAUCAGAUAAUUCACGUUUAAUAAUAAAUGAUCUUACGCAGGCAGCGAAUAGUGAAAAAGAUGAAAAUAAUCAACCAUCAACAAGUGCUACUCACUAUAAAAUUUACGUGUUGGGUGCCACAGGUGUUGGCAAAAGUGCUCUUAUUGGACAAUUUAUGACGUCGGAUCAUCGUAAUACGUACGCUACGGACAUAGAACAAAUCCACAACACAGUAUCAAUUAUCAUUGGAGACAAGGAAAGUGAACUUACAUUUUACGAAACUGAUCCAACUAUCGAUGACUCCUGGAUAAAUACUAAAGUGGAUAUUUAUUUACUCGUGUACAGCAUUGAUUCAAAAAGUUCUUUUAAACAAGCAAUGUACGUGGUGGAUUGCUUACGUGAGUCAUCAUUGUCACGACAUAAGCCUAUAGUAAUGGCUGCAAAUAAAGUUGACUUGGAACGAAAACGUGCUGUUAGCAAAGCAGAUGCAAAAAGCGCAUCGAUGACUUACAAUUUCGUACAUUACGAAGUAUCGGUAGCGUUGAAUUUGGAUGUCGAUGAUCUCCUCGUGGGUCUUAUUGCUGAGAUUAAAGAAUCGCUAUGUACGGACUGGCGUGACUUUAUGGGAGAUGCUAAACCCUUUCAACUGAAAAUAGACGAGACAAUAAAGAAAGAGCAAAAUGACUUCAAAGCUGCCAUUCGAAGAUAUUCGCAACGUAAACGACAACAAAUGGGUGGCGAAAAUGAGAGAGCACACGAUAAACUGUAG